UAAUUUGCUGUUUUUUCCAUUUUUUUAUUUUCCAGAACUAACUGACAUUUACAGAAGAAAAACAGUUUUUAGAGAAGCAUCUUCUGCCGAUCUUUUCCAAUACUGUGUUGGGGUCUAAUGAGCUCUUCUUAAAAACUCUUAUUUCAUCCAGUCCAUUUUUCAUGAAUUGUCCAACAUGUAUAUCCAUGUUGGUAGCCUUGGUCUGAUAUCCAGUUGUCCAGUGGUCAGGCUUGCAGAGAAACGUGGUGAAAAACACGGUGAAAAAAAAUAAACACUGUCUCACUGCGACGACAUUGACAAGGUGUCAUUUUGUACGAUCAAUUUAGCCAGACCUUGCCUUAACAAACGCCACGUUUCUACACCAUUAGCGGUUGGCAUGUAGCUAACGUUAGCUUUUGGCUAGGGUAACAAUAGUAUGACAACAGUUGAGCAUCAUGUAUGUGAUUCACCUUCAACCGACUUGUCAUCCGUUUCCGUGUCUUCCACCAGCGCAGUAGCUGAGCCGCUGCUCCAGAAAAGGCUGGCCUGUGACCCAGCAACGCAUCGAUCCAGACGGUCAAACCACUUGCUGCUCUUCGCCGGUCGGAGCUCGACCAAUCAGAAAUGUUCAGCGCAGCAAGCCCCAUCCCGAAAGCACUACUCCCAGAGCAGGGACCUUUUUGGCGGGGUGGUGUCUGAUGCUGCAGACCAAGGGGUCACUAUAACUGGCAGCAAGACCUUCAACAACUGGAACUGGCCAAACGCUGUUAUCUUUGCCGCCACUGUUAUCACUACUAUCGGAUAUGGGAACAUUGCCCCUAAAACGUCAGCAGGCCGUGUAUUUUGCAUCUUCUAUGGGCUGUUUGGUGUGCCUUUAUGUCUUACCUGGAUCAGUGAGCUAGGAAAGUUCUUCGGUGGCAGAGCCAAGCACCUGGGCCAGUAUCUAACCAAGAAAGGAUUUUCACUGAGAAAGGCUCAAUUUACCUGCACUGCUAUUUUUCUCCUCUGGGGUGUGCUGGUCCAUCUAGUACUUCCACCUUUUGUAUUUAUGUCCCAAGAGGGUUGGACAUAUAUUGAAGGCUUGUACUUCUCAUUUGUCACCUUGACCACAAUUGGCUUUGGGGACUUGGUAGCAGGUGUGGAACCAAACAAAGAAUACCCAACUCUGUACCGUUACUUUGUGGAAGUGUGGAUUUAUCUGGGGUUGGCCUGGCUUUCUUUGUUCUUCAACUGGAAAGUGCGGAUGGUGAUUGAGGCCCACAAGGCACUGAAGAAACGGCGAAAGCUGCGCAAGCUAUCUCUUGAUGAACUCCGGCACUACAAGGAGUCUCACAAGGCUGCCCUUCGUUUGCCACCCACUCCUAAUGACGUCAACAUCUUCAGCUUCUUGUCCAAGAAACAGGAAGGCUAUAAUGACUUGAUUAAGCAGAUUGGCACCAAAAAAGAUGGCAGAAGCAACAGCGGCAGUGCCAUCACCGUCAAUAAAUCCAAAGAGAUCGGUCGUUCCAAGAGUUGUAAUGAUGCUCCCAUGUUUAAUGGUCACACCAUCCUCAGUCUGGACCGGUCACCACGCCAAAAGAGACGCUACAGUUUCAGUGACCGUGUCACUGUUGCUUUUUCAAAGUCCAAGAACUACCUCCUGGGCUCAGACAAUGGUUUGCUGCUAACAGAGGACCAUGUAGAGGGUGACCUAGAACUUGACCAGGACCAAAUGUAUGAGAACCAGCUUGACAAGGACGUCGACCUAGAGAACGGAGGAGUGGGAGAUUGCGGAGCAGGUGGUCGAAGGACAUGGGACUCUAAAGAGUACCAUCCCCUAACAUUCCAAAAUGCAAACAUUACUUUUAUAGACGAGGAGAACUUUCUCAGCAAUAACUUGGAGGAGGAGGAUGACGAUGAUGAUUCUAAAGCAAAACUGUCCAUUACGACAUGUGAUGAAAACAUUGAAACAAACUCCAAGGAGGAACAGAGUUCUGAAUCUGAAGGGUCUGUGUUCACUAGUGACUGUUUAGAACACAGCCAGUCCUAUGAGAAACUUGUAGAGGAAUAUGCAAAGGAAGAAAAUAUAGAAUCUUGAUCUUCUGUUGUCCACUGUGUUGGUAUUGAAGUAUAUGUAUUCAAAUAUGAAUUUUUUGAAAGAAUGUCAAAGUCCGAUGGCUCUUUGGGGUCUGAUAAUGAUAAUGAAGGACUGCAAAGCCAAGAUCAAAUUUCAAAUGAAUGUUCUGUUCUUAGCUGAAAAAUGAAAAUCCACAUCACUUUGACUAUUUUUAGAGUUGAGCUUCCUAUAAACUCAACAAAUAUGUCCUACAUCUGGAUGAAUAUGUACUACAGAGCUUGACACACAGCCCCAUGAGUAUUUAACAUCUGCUCUAUUUAAGUCUUUUUAUAUGGUUUGAGAAACUAUAUGCCACACAUUUAUUGUAAUGUCCAAACCAGUAACUAUUUUCCAUGAGUGCUUUUUUUUUUUUUUUUUUCUCAUCGGCUGGUAGGAGAUUAUAUGUGGACAUGUAUCUGAUUUCCUAUAGUUUCUUCGAUGUAUAUGCACCAUAUUGGUGUUUUUAUAAUAUUUAUUAAAAUGAAGGACACAGUAGCUUUUUAUUUAGUGGCUACAUGGGUUUAUACGUCUCCCAUUGCACAAUUCUACCAAAUGAGGACAGUUAAAGUCCAUUUCAGUGCAGAUUGUCCUUUUAAAAACCUGAGCCAAACAUUUAUCCUUAAAGAAAAUGAAGGGGGUUGAGGGCCAAUUCUCCGUCUUUUUUUUUUCUUUGGUAUUUUAUUAGUUUCUUUUGUGAGGUCCUUGAUAACUUGUUGUGUCUCAGACUGCUGUUUAUUUUGACUGUAAGCAAUAGAAUUGUGACUGCACUAGAGGCCAUCGCUGAUGCAUAGGCAACAUCUGGGAGUCUAGAACCAACUGAGAGUCAACUUUGAAGGGAAAAUCAUAAAUUUUUCGAACAGAAAAGCAUUUAUGGCAAAAAUCUGAAUAUCCUGCCAGAGAGACACUCUAAACUAAGAUUUGUUUGCCUUUUCUUAACACUUCUUUUUUUUUUUUUUUGACUGCUGUAAAAAAUCUGCUUUGGAAAUGAUCCUCCUGCCUGUCAGAAUACACUCAAACUGGUUUAGUGAACAUGUUCUUUAUUGUUGUGUUUUUCAGCUGACAGCAUGUCAAGUGUCGAUCUGCGGCUUCUGGGCCAUCUCCCACGGCACUGCAUAAUGGGAACAAAAGUUUGACGGCAACAAUAUCACUUUUUGUCUCUUCCACUUCAUUGUAUUUGCCAUGUAAAUAUUGGCUGAAAGCCCACCAGUGGCCACAGACACGGCUCUGCUCAGGCCGUGGCCUUGCUACUCGUGUUUAUCUUUGGGGGCUCGCACUGGCAUGAAUGACACAAGUACCACUUAUGACAUGCAGCCAAGGUUAACUUAUAACAGAUCGAUGCUCUCGACGUACAUUUCAGUCAUGAGACAUAAAGUCAGCAGUAUUGGUGCUCUUGUUUCAUGUGAACACAAAGCUGUAAACUCAAGGGACUAAAAUAUAAUGUCCAUUGCUUUUCACAGUCUCAUUUUUGAAAGGGGCCCUUAGUUCACCCUGCUCACCCGCUGCCUUUUGCACACGUUAACUUGCACACAAAAACUUGAAACACUGUUACUUUUGAAUAGUAGGAUGGCAGUGUUUGCAAUGUCACACAGGGCUACUUUGAAUUUAGCACCAGUUUCCUUGUUGAAGCCAGUUGGAUAAUUAACUGUAUAUACUAUGGUCCAGUAUUUGUAGUUUUUUUUUUUUUUUUUUUUUUUGGAUGGACCACACCAUCCUAACCAAUGACUGCUAAUAAGUGAAAAUGCCUUAAAUCCACUGCAAAGCAGAGGAUAUAUAGUACAAUGUAACAUCUACAGUAUUGAAUGUUCUUGUAAUGAUUCACUGACAAGGUAUAAUCUUUAAACUGGGUGUUUCUAUUGUUUCCCUUCUCUCCCUUUUCUAUUUCGUCACAGGGCUAAGUGAACAUUCCUCUCUCUUCAUUUUCACUGGUUUUCCUUGAUGUUUUAGUGUAGCAUUGUCAUGCAGCCAUGGUACUUGUCUGGACUGAAUUUCAAGCGUGUCUCUAGAUUGUAACAGGUUAGGCUGGUUUAACCCAUUGUCCAAAGUUUUCCAGUUGCUCCAUUGUGUAAAACUCCAGUAUAGUUGUGUUUUUAGUUGUCUUUUUUUUAAUGAUUAAAUUAUUCAUGUUUGAACAAGUUUUUGUAUAUGAAUUCCAAACAAAAUUGUAUAUUUCAUGUAAAUAAACAUUUUAAUAAAACAAGUGUUUUUACAAAA